CCCAAGCACUCUUGACUGCAUUCAGAGUACGAGCAACGAAGUCAUCACCUCGCUAUGGAAUUACUGAGGAAUAUCUCCCAACAGCCGACGAAUAGCAACAGGAUGUACGAGCCCAACCAACCCGGGUCCUGUGAACUGCGGAGAAAGAGAACUGAGGACCACGGUCAUGCACCUGCAGAGAUGUCCAAGAUUAUCACGGAUCCUGCCACCGGGAAAUGUUACUGCCGUGGGAAAGUUCUGGGAAAGGGAGGUUUCGCCAAGUGCUAUGAGAUGACCGACCUGUCCACGAGUAAAGUUUAUGCAGCGAAAAUGAUUCCCCACACGCGCGUCUCCAAACCGCACCAACGGGACAAGAUUGACAGGGAAAUCGAGCUACACAGAGUUCUCCACCAUAAACACAUCGUGCACUUUUACCAGCAUUUCGAGGAUAAAGAUAACAUCUACAUCCUCCUAGAAUACUGCAGUAGAAGAUCUUUGGCACAUAUCCUGAAGGCACGCAAAGUGCUCACAGAACCGGAAGUGCGAUACUACCUCCGUCAGAUCGUCUCAGGGCUGAAGUACCUGCAUGAACAAGAGAUCCUACACAGAGACCUCAAACUUGGUAACUUCUUUGUGAGUGAGACGAUGGAGCUGAAGGUGGGAGACUUUGGUCUGGCUGCCAAGCUAGAGCCUGCUGGGAACAGGAGGAAGACCAUCUGUGGGACACCCAACUACCUGUCCCCCGAGGUGCUCAACAAGCAGGGCCACGGCUGUGAGUCAGACGUCUGGGCCCUGGGUUGUGUCAUGUACACCAUGCUCCUGGGCAGACCCCCGUUCGAAACCACCAAUCUGAAGGAGACGUACAGGUGUAUCCGGGAGGCGCGUUACUCCCUGCCCUCCUCCCUGUCACCCCAGGCCAAACAGCUCAUCUCCAGCCUCCUGGCCAAGACCCCGGAGGACAGACCUCACCUGGACCACAUACUGCGCCAUGACUUCUUCUCACAGGGUUUUGUGCCAGAGCGUCUUCCUGCUAGUUGCUGCCACUCCGCUCCAGAGUUCCACGUCUCCAGCCCUGCCAAGAGCUUCUUCAAGAAGGCCGCGGCUGCCCUCUUCGGCGGGAAGAGAGACAAGGUCAAAUACUACGAGACUCUGAAUAAACUCACCAAAGAGGAAGAGGAGAUCUACAAGCUUCGACAUGACCUGAAGAAGACGGUUAUCAGCCAGCAGCAGCAGAUCAAACAGACGACUGAGGAUGGAAGGCCACCGUCACCAUCUGCUGGGAGGCCUGUCGCCAUGGCAACAGAGGGCCUGCCCCCGACGACGCGAGACACCAUCCGGCUUAUUGUCAGGGGCAGUCUGGGUAGCUGCAGCAGCAGUAGCGAAUGUCUAGAGGACAGCACCACUGGCAGUGUGGCUGAGACAAUCACCAGCGUUCUCAGAGGAUGCCUGGAAAACAUGCCCAAAGCGGAUGACAUCCCCAAAGGGACAGAGUGCAGUAACCUGCAGUGGGUCACUAAGUGGGUGGACUACUCCAACAAGUAUGGCUUUGGCUACCAGCUUUCAGACCACAUAGUGGGCGUUCUGUUCAACAACGGGACACACAUGAGCCUCCUCGCAGACAAAAAGACUGUCCACUACUAUGCUGAGUUGGGUCAGUGCUCUGUGUUCUCCACAUCUGACGUGCCUGAGCACUUCAUAGGUCAGGUGACCGUCCUCAAGUACUUCGCUCACUACAUGGAAGAGAACCUGAUGGAUGGUGGAGACCUAGUGAGCCAGCCAGACACGCACAUGCCCAGACUCUACCUGCUGCAGUGGCUCAAGUCUGACCGUGCCCUCAUGAUGCUCUUCAACGACGGCACGUUUCAGGUCAACUUCUACCACGACCACACCAAGAUCAUCCUGUGCACCCAGAGGGAGGAGUACAUGCUGACAUACAUCAACGAGGAGCGUGUGUCCUCCACCUUCAGACUGAGCUCCCUGCUCACCUCCGGCUGCCCCGCAGACCUGCGCCAACGCAUGGAGUACUCACUCAACAUGCUGCUGCAGCGCUGCAACUGAACCAGGAAGCAGCACCACACGGGGAACCGUUUAUACAGCUGGACAGACUUCAACAUGAUACUGCAGCACUGAACCAGGAAGCAGCACCACGCGGGGAACCGUUUAUACAGCCGGACAGACUUCAACAUGCUACUGCAACAUUGAACCAGGAAGCAGUGGCAGGAGGUGGGACAGUGAAUGGGGUCGGACCUGUGUAAAGCAAUGGACUACUGAUUGGUAACCUUUGCCAAUCUAUCAGCAGAGUUGCAGCUGAAUCUGGAUGGAGAGGCCCUGGAAAGGACAGUGUAUUGAGCACAAUGACUUUGAACAGAAAAGGGCUAAUAUGUAUGUUGAUAAUCGGAGGAUAAGAUGACUGGAUGUUAUGUUAUGAUGAGGGGAUGGAGGUACGAAUGUGAAAACCAUCUGUUUUUGAGGAAGAAUGUGGAAGUGAAGAGGACAGUAACACUGGGCUGGAACCAGAUAAAACUGUUAUGUUAUUGUUAUUUUUCUAAUGAAAGUAGAACCAUAAGGGCUGAUGGAUGCUUCAAACUCGGUCCUGGGGCCUCCCCUGGGUGCACUACACAUCUCAUUCAAAUAACCAAUUCAUCAUCAAGCUUUGAUUAUUUGAAUCAGCUGUGUCGUGCUAGGACAAAAAACAAAAUGUGGCCCCAGGACCGAGUUUGGGAAACCCUACACUACAGGACUGUAAUGUACACAGCACUUCUGCAGAGGGAGGGGAGGCUGUGUGGGGAGAAACACUAGCUAACUUCAAACUGUGAUUCAUUCUCUGUGAGGACAGAUGGACAUGGCUGUUUUACUGUGAAGGAGGGGGAGAAUGAUGUUGAUCAUACAAGAAGAGCCAUUACACUGUUAGACAUUGGAAAAACAUAACUUAUUGUGUACAAAAGUUAAGUAUUUAAUAAAUAUACAACUUUUUCAAAAAAUA